AUGGUGAGAGAGCACAGGGUAGAUUCUUUCUACUCAAAACUUCGCCAAUCGGCAAUUUCUUCUUCAUCCUCUCCUUUACUCAUCUUCCCUUCGACUUCAGAUGUUGACUCCCUUUGCACUCUCAAAAUCAUCUUCCACAUUCUCGAGUCAGAUUCCAUUCAAUACGCGUGUUAUCCAGUGUCGUCGUUCCACGAGAUCCACAAGUAUACGAGUCCCACCACAAACGACAACCCUAUCUCCAUCGUUUUGAUCAAUUGGGGCUGCCACAGGGACCUCCGCAAAACCCUAAACCUUGGCCCCAAUACUCGCGUCUUUGUGGUUGACAGCCACCGCCCAAUUCACCUCCACAACCUCAGUGACCAAAACGACAGCGUCGUUGUCCUCUUCACCAAGGACGAUGAACAGCAAGCCGAUCUUGCCUACGAUUUUGACCUCACCGCGUUGGCCAAUGCCGCCGCUGAGAUAAACAGUGACGACGACGAUGAAGAACUUGAAUCCGAAGAAGAAGAAGACGACAGCGAAGGCGAUGAAGAGGGCGAUAGAAUUGGAUCGAAGAAGAGGGAUACGGUUUCAGAGGAGGACCCGGUUAAACUGUACAAGAAGCUGAAGAAGGAAUAUUAUAGAUUGGGAACUUUCCAUGGGAAGCCCUCAGGGUGUUUGAUGUAUGACCUAGCUCAUUUUCUUAGGAAGAACACUAAUGAGUUGCUCUGGCUUGCUUGUGUGGCCUUGACGGAUCAAUUUGUGCAUGAGAGGUUGAGUGAUGAGAGGUACCAUGUUGGUGUCAUGGAGCUUGAGCAGCACAUAAACAGCAGUUCCGGGAAUUUGGAUGCGGUUACUUCGGUUACACUCAAGGAUGGGACUAGAAUUCGAGCACCAAAUUCGUCCCGGAUUGUUUAUGAGGAUGAGCCUAGGCUCAUGCUGUUGCAGGAGUGGAAUUUGUUUGAUUCAAUGAUGUGUUCUUCGUACACUGCGACCAAGUUAAAGACUUGGAGUGACAAUGGGGUGAAGAAACUGAAGCUUCUAUUGGCCACAAUGGGGUUUGCACUCGUGGAUUGCCAGCAGAAAUUUCAGUACAUGAAUUUGGAGGUGAAGCACAAGAUGAAAGCCGAGUUUGAGAGGUUCUUGCCGGAGUAUGGGCUUACUGAUUUGUACUAUAGGAGUUUCGUGAGGAUACAUGGGUAUAGUUCAAGGGUGUCUGCUGCGGAUGUGGUGUAUGGGGUCACUGCUUUGCUCGAAUCAUUUGUGAAAUCUGAUGGUUCUUGUGCUUCCAAGCAAUUUGGGGUGGCUUAUGAUGCAUUGUCAUUGAGCAAUCUCGAUAAGCUGAAAGCUGGGAUGCAGCAUGCUAUCAAGAUUCAGAGGGCCAUUCUUAGGCAAGGGGGGACAGCAAUUACCAAGAGUGGAUGUAUAAGAAGUGGAAGGAAGUUCCGGUGGAUGAAACUCGAAGAUUCAGUUGACACUAAGUUGCUGGGUUACCCGCAGGCCUUGACUAAAUUCUGUUAUUUUCUCAUGGAUGCUUUGAGAGAGAAGGGGGCAAGGAUGAAGCCUCUUCUUUGUGCUUGCUUGUCUCAAGAACCUAAUAAAGUGUUGAUUGUAGGCGUUUGCGGGAAGCCCCGUUUGGCUGGGGCUCAGGGAAAUGCAUUUGGGAUUGCGUUUAGAAAUGCGGCUGAGGAGAUUGGAACAGAGUUCUUCCAUGAGCUGUUUGAAUCAUCUUGGAUUGUUCUGGAUUCUUCCGUGGUGAAUUCCUUCAUGGUCAGGUUGACUGAGAAGUUGUGA